CUCCGCGCCGGCCGCACGUAGCGGAGCACCGCAGCCGACCUUCAAGCCGUGCGAACGAGACGUCUAUACCCAGCUGGUCCAGCAGAGGAUGUGAAGUGGUGUAGCGCACGCAGCACAUGCGACGCGACUCAGCAUGGCGGCCCGCAGAUAGUCCCAGGUGUUGAGUGUGGGAGCGCUGCGGGCGGCCGGCGGCAUGCGCGUGCUGCUCCCGGCACUGGCGGCGCUGCUGGCGCGCGCGCUGGCCUCGCCCCACGAGCACCGCGCGCGGCACCACGCGCCCGACCACGCCGCGCCCUACCACGGCCACGGGGAAGCCGUCCGAUACAACCCCGAGCUCGACACCAUCCUGCCGCGCCUCGAGCCCGAGACCUCGUCCAAGAGGGCGCGCUUCGAGGAGGAGACCUCCUCCAGGAGAGCCGAGGAGAAGCUCUCCAACCAUGACCGCGAGGAGCUCGCGGCCGAUCAGCCGCAAAUGGGCCCCGAGGCCGACGAUCCCCUCGUGGUGCGUACGCGCAAGGGCAGAGUGAAAGGAAUCACCCUCACCGCAGCGACGGGGAAGCAGGUCGAUGCGUGGUUCGGGAUCCCGUACGCCCAGAAACCGUUAGGAGACUUAAGAUUUAGACACCCCAGACCGGUCGAGAGCUGGGGCGAUGAGAUUUUGAAUGCGACGACGUUGCCGCACUCGUGCGUUCAGAUCAUAGAUACCGUGUUCGGUGACUUCCCCGGCGCGAUGAUGUGGAACCCGAACACGGACAUGCAGGAGGACUGUCUGUAUAUAAACAUCGUCACGCCCAAACCCCGUCCGACCAAUGCAGCCGUCAUGUUAUGGGUUUUCGGCGGCGGGUUCUACUCAGGUACUGCCACGUUGGACGUGUACGAUCCGAAGAUACUCGUAUCCGAGGAGAAUAUCGUGUACGUGUCCAUGCAGUAUAGAGUCGCCUCACUUGGUUUCCUAUUUUUUGAUACUCCCGACGUUCCCGGAAACGCCGGAAUGUUCGAUCAGCUGAUGGCUCUGCAGUGGGUGAAAGAUAACAUUGCCUACUUCGGUGGCAACCCUCAUAACAUAACCUUAUUUGGUGAGUCGGCCGGUGCAGUGUCGGUAUCCCUGCAUCUGCUGUCUCCACUUUCACGUAAUUUGUUUUCACAAGCCAUUAUGCAAUCCGGUGCCGCUACCGUACCUUGGGCUAUAAUCACAAGGGAAGAAAGUAUUUUACGUGGAAUGCGUUUGGCGGAGGCCGUACAUUGUCCGAGUUCGAGGACCGAUAUGGGCCCUAUGAUCGAAUGUUUGAGGAAAAAGAGCGCCGACGAGCUAGUAAAUAAUGAGUGGGGCACUUUAGGUAUUUGCGAGUUUCCAUUCGUUCCGAUCAUCGAUGGAUCCUUCUUAGAUGAGAUGCCGAGGCGAUCGUUGGCCCAUCAGAACUUUAAGAAGACUAACAUCCUCAUGGGUUCUAAUACGGAGGAGGGCUACUACUUUAUCCUCUAUUAUCUCACCGAACUGUUCCCUAAAGAGGAGAACGUUGGAAUCACGCGAGAGCAGUAUCUUCAGGCGGUGAGAGAACUGAACCCGUACGUUAACGAUAUUGCGAGACAAGCUAUCGUUUACGAGUACACCGAUUGGUUGAACCCCGAAGAUCCCGUGAAGAAUCGAAACGCUUUGGACAAAAUGGUGGGGGAUUACCAUUUUACGUGCGGCGUCAACGAAUUCUCCCAUCGGUACGCCGAAACCGGUAACAACGUGUACACGUACUACUACAAGCAUCGCAGCAAAAAUAAUCCCUGGCCGUCGUGGACGGGGGUGAUGCAUGCCGAUGAAAUCAAUUAUGUCUUCGGGGAGCCCCUCAAUCCGGGAAAGAAUUAUUCGCCUGAAGAAAUCGAGUUCAGCAGACGAUUGAUGCGUUAUUGGGCCAACUUCGCUAGAUCUGGGAAUCCGUCGAUGAACGCGAACGGGGAGAUGACGAAGGUGCACUGGCCGGUGCACACCGCGUUCGGCCGCGAGUACCUCACACUCGCCGUCAACUCCAGCUCCGUGGGCCACGGGUUUCGCGUCAAACAGUGUGCCUUCUGGCAGAAAUACUUACCUCAACUCAUGGCUGCCACUAGUAAACCAGAACCUCCAAAGAACUGUACCAAUGUCGGCAUUUCUUUGCGGCCUUCGUAUGUAAAACUGUCUGUUAGUGUUACUCUAAUCGCUGGUUUAGAAAUAAUUAUGUUUAAAUAUAAUUGAGAUAUUAUAAGAAUAUAUUAUAUGGGUAACUCUAUAAUGUUUUCGUUCGUUGGCUUAUCUAUGUUAUUGUAUAAGAUUUCGGGACGUCAACGACCUCCUUGCGCUUAAAUAUCGCUUUUGAUUUAACUAUAAGAUCUACGCCAUUAUUUUGCUUAGUUCGAUCGAAUAUGUCCAUUAGAUCGGUAUAAUACAGCGAAUGUGUGGUCUGAUAUGUUCUGUCAAAUGUAUUAUUUUUAUAUGUAACGUUAAAGUGACGCUUUAGUUCUAAGAAACGUUUGAUGUUAUAUUGCUGUAAGUUAUGUACAAUAAUAUAAUUUGUUACGCACCCUCCGUUUUUUUAUUGUACUUUACUUGAUGUUAUAAGAGUGAUGCCUCUAUCUACAUAUCACUUGUUAAGAGAUUAUAGAACUAUGUAGUACUAAUUCUGUCGUAGCUGUAAGCCUCUACAUAUCUUUCGAAGUAGGUAAGGCAAUGUUCGGUGAAUGUAAAGGGAGUGAAAUAGAGUUGGGUACUGUGGUUGGGUAGAAUAUGCGUGGGAUAGAGAGUUGCUCCCCUUGUAUUUUGCUGCGGUAAGUUCAAAAGAGUUAUACUGAACAUGCACUUGAUUUUUUGACAGCGAAGUUCGAAAUGCAAAAUAGAAUUUGACAAACGUCAUCGCCGUGAGUUUUUCCUGCGAUGCCUUUUUUUUUAGCCUAUGCUGUUCCACUGCUGGGCAAAGGUCUCCUCCAAGGUCUUCCAUUGUGCUCGCUCUUGUGCCACCGCUGGCCAGCCUGGCUGGUAUGCUUCCAGCUCAUCGCGCCAUCUUUUUCUAGGCCGGCCGCGGCGGCGGUGUCCAUCUUUCGGUACCCACUCUGUUGAGCGGGUACCUUAUGUCAAAUUUUUUGUUUGGUUUUCGAGCUUCGUUAACCAAGUUUUCGAACGACCUGCUGCGAAAACUCAACACCACUCUGCUUCAAGCAGGUUUUGAAACACUUGCAGCCGUAUACGGGAACAUGUAAUAAUAACCUGACUUUAAUUUAUCUUUGUUAUUGUAUCGGAUCGAGAGGAUUGGAAAACUUUGGGGGAGGCCAGUGGGACAGCACAGGCUCUUUAAAAAAUGUAGAGUUUGAUAGAAAAUGAGCAGAGUUUAUAUCAACAUCUUCAUGAAAUAAAACUCUUGCGCCUAUCACAGAUCGUACCCGGGGAGUAAAAGUCGUGUGGCGCCUCUACUGCAAAACAUAUCACGCAUAGAUGUGUAUGUUGUAGCCUUAGCGUAAGUAGGUGUAAGCUAGAUCACUCCAUAACUCUGUAGUGGACCAAUAUUAGAAAGUUGUACGACGGGCGACGGAACAUUGGGCUACGAGACAGUUUCAAAUUAUUUCAGUAUAUUAGGAGGUAAAUUAGACUAUAAUCCUUUCGGCGGUCAUCUGGAAUGUAUAGUUAUUAGACUUAGAGUAUUAGGUAUUAGAAGGUAGAAUCAAAAGUUCAGCUUUCGAAUAUUGGUAAUUCAUAAUUUGUGGUUCAAAAUACAUUAGUACAAUAUUGUAAUUUUAAUGUUAUUCGCGUUUUCUUUAGCUAAAAUCAUUUGUAAAUAGAUGUUAGAGGUAGGUUCUGCGGCCCUAUUGUUUGGGCGCGCCUCGGCACAGUCCGCUAGUCGAGGUGAGCUGAUCGUUGUACUCGUUAGCACUUCUGUGAGGCAUUGUACCUGAUAGUGAAGUUUGACUUCUGACGACGAGUGACUGCGAGUACAGUGAUGCGAUUAAACGCUUUUGUUAUAUUUAAUUGUAAUUAAAUGUAUUGUCGUUGUAAGAGUGUCGUUGACGGUAUGUCCAUCGAUUUUUGACAUUUCAACUGUCAUUGUCGUUGCGCUCGUGCUAAAAUUUUACGAUAGAUUAUUAUUAUUAUUGCUGCGACUAGCUUUUGUAAAAUUGUAUCAUCCAUUGUAAAAUUAGCAUAAUUGCAACAUUGACAGUUGAAAUGUCAAUGCAUGGGCGUACCGUCAAUGCACACCGUAAGCCAUGAGCUGUGUUCUGGUGUGCGAUUCCUACAGUCAUCAGGACACGGUUGCGGUCGUGGCAUGUAAGGCCGUUGUCAUACUAGCAGUUGGCGAGCGACCUCAGGGUAGAGCGUGCACGAAGCGUAUACGUCGUGUAAUCGCCACGACUGCGUACCGUGGACGUCGCGGACACGCAAAGUUUUCAUCGCGAGUUGCAGCGAGUUAUCAAAACAUAGAACGCUGCUAUCUCAUACCGCGACGCAUCUGCGGCGUAUUCGCUGCACGCUCGCGGCUCAUUCGCUGCGUGCCCGUCCUGUCCUUAAGCCGCUCGCCAGCCGCUCGCCAGCCGCUAAUAUAAUAAGGCCCCUAGAUAAGUUUAUGUUUUACUUCAAUAUUUCCUGAGUACGCUUGUAACCCGCGUAUAUAUACCUAUAGAGUGCCUCUUGUUCACUUUUAUAUAUCAACUAGCGGUAUCCGUAGAUGUAGGGUUAUAUAUAAUUGCACGUUAUUUUUUUAUUAUAAAAGGAGCGACCUGCGUAGUGCCAAAGCAAAUCGAUCACGAUAAAAAGUUUUUACAAUCAUAGCAAAGAUUUGUAAAUAUCUGAUUGUUUUAUCAUAAUUUGUUGUUGUAUUAUUUCACGUGUUUUAGGUUAUGUUAUGUAAUUUUGGCAAGAUAUAAAUAUAUACAGAAGAGAACAAAUAAAAUUACACACAGAAUACAGAUGCAAAUUUUAAGCGUCCGACGUUACUUAUGCAUACUUUUGUUCCCAGUUGUUCUGAAUUGACGCUUAUGUGUGCGUGCGCUUAUUCCGGCACUCUAGCUGCUCUACUGUGUACAUUUAUAUUGUGCUUUUAAUAUGAAUACAACGUAAAUGCUGAAAAGACAAUAAGCUCGACUUGAUUUGCGCGAGAAGGACUUUUCGUUAGUUGACUUUUGCAACAUUAAAAUAAUUAAUAGUAAUAGUCGAUAUCUAUAUUAUCAUAUUCUUUAUCUUUAAGUUUUGCAGGUGCGUUACAUGUUUUGAUAAUAAUCACCAAGUAAACUUGUUCGCAAAUCGCAAUCACAAUUCGCAAAAGUGCAAUGAUUGUAAAAUUUUACUUUGUAUAUAUAAAUAUUGAAUGAGAUGUCAUAAUCAUUGUGUGGAUGUAUACAAUGUUGUCUAACAUAAUAUUUCCUAUUAAAUAAUUAUUACUCAAUUUUUUUCGUUUAUCGUAAAAUUAUAGACACGCCUAGAGACUCAUUUCUAAGGAUUGAGUAACCUUUUGAUCUUACUUUUUAGAUAUGCUAUAAAUUAGUAUUUUAUAAGAAAAACAAUAUGGAAACAGUGAUAAGUCGCACGGACGCUCCCAGAGCGUUUUGUGAUUACUUAUUCAAUAAAAAAAUUGGCAGCAAAUGUAUAGAGUUUAUGUAAAUAUACUAUUAUUUAAUAUUGAUAUGACUUAGGCGAUUUUGUACAUCCAUACAUCAUACAAUUUUUGAUUAGUACCGGAUUGGGGCAGGGGUCGGCAAUCUGUGGCUUGCCAGCGCCUAUCUGCAACUACAACUCUUUAUGUCAGCAAGUAAUUAAUACCAAGUAUAGCCCCCAUAUACAGGGAGGCCGAUAA